AUGGCCGUGUUGAAGAAUUCAGUGACGGUGUUCGCGCACAUCAUCGGCGCCCUCCUCAUCUCCACCGGAAUCUGGGGCAUACGGGACGCCUCAGCAAUUGCGCCUCACUUCGGCAUCCCGGACGCGACGAACGAGAUGCUCUUCAUGUGGCCCGCGGCCGCGGGCCGCAACAUCGCCGCUGGCCUUGCCGUCCUGAUACUCUCCUUUGACGGGCAGAGGAGGGCGCUGGGGAUCCUCAUCAUGUGCUGGAGCCUUGUUGGUUUUGCUGAUAUCAGCAUCCUGGUUUCUUACUCUGGGUCGGAGAACAAGGCGUUCACUUUCGGCCUUGUCUUCUGGCUUUUCCUGACGGGGCUUGGACUGGUGUACACUUGA